GCUAUGACUGUGUCUCCGGCCAGCACGUUGAGGAGCGACCCGCGCGAAGAGGCCUUCUACAACGAAGGACUCGCCGUGAAGAGCGCGGAGGAGGUAGCGGACGCCGUUGACCCCAGGAUCCGCCCCGAAGAUAUCCCGGACGACGAGGAAGUGGACGAGAGUCUGUCGCGUCAACUCAGCGAAUUGGUUCACCAUCGGGACCACCAUCACCACCAUGGGGAUAUUGAGAAGCAUGCCCCUGAGGAGGCGGAACACAUAUACGUCGACUUUGAGAAAGGCGACCCGCGGAAUCCCAUUAACUUCUCGCGUACCAGAAAAUGGGUGCUCACCCUCUGCGCUUGCUUUUUCACGGGUCUUUCAGCGGCUGCUGCUUCAACGUAUAACACCGGAUUCCCGUCCAUGAUGCGCGACCUGAACUGCACUACGUUCCAGGCGUCCAUUGGAUUAUCUGUCUACGCAUUGGGAUUUGGCAUAAUACCUCUUGUGACAGCCUCCUUCAGUGAAGAAUUCGGACGGCAGCCUCUGUACAUAGGCUCUGCCAUCGGCUUUGCUCUCAUGCAUCUAAUGGUUGCAUUGUCGAAGAAUAUACAAACCGUCAUAGUCGCCCGGUUGCUGGCGGGCGCGUUCGGCUCAACAGGAGCCACCAUGGUGGGUGGGACCAUUGCCGAUAUCUGGCUUCCAUACGAACGGGGUCUGCCCAUGUCCUUUUUCGCAGUGGCCGCGAUAGGCGCCUCGGGUCUCGGCCCUGCUGCCUCUGGUUGGAUCGAAAUGAACCACCGGCUUGGAUGGCGGUGGAUUCAAUGGGUACAUCUGAUCAUCACGGGUAUAUAUGUAGUCAUGAUACCCAUUCUCAUGAAGGAGACGCGUUCAGCUGUGUUAUUGACACGGCUGGCAAGGAAAUUGCGCAAGGAGACCGGUAAUCACCGGUACCGUGCUAGGGCGGAGGAUGAGAGAGGGAGCCUGCGCACUCUCAUUUUAAUCUCGUGCACACGACCGCUGCAUCUGUUAAUCACGGAGCCUGCCGUCUUUAGCUUCAGCCUAUGGAUCGGCUUUGCAUGGGGCAUUUUCUACGGCAUGAUCGAGUCCAUCUCCCCCAUAUUUAAGACUCUACACCACUUCAACUCCGGCCAAGUUGGAUUAAUCUUCCUUACUAUGCCAAUUGGUACCCUGCUGGGUUUCUUGACCAACGUGUACCAGGAGCGGCUGUAUCAGAAGUACGUCUCGCAAAGAGGCCCGGAAGCUCGUCUUUACUGCGCGUGCGCCGCGGCCGUACUCUUCCCGGUUGGACUGUUCAUUUAUGCAUGGUCUUCCUUUUCCUUCGUGUACUGGAUAGGGUUGGCAAUCGGCAUUGUGGUCUUCAUGUGGGCUCUUUUCAUCAUGUAUCUUGCCGUGUUUUCCUACCUGGCAGAUUGUUACGGACCGUUUGCUUCGUCUGCCUUAGCAGGACAGAGCUUGUGCCGUAAUCUCAUGGGCAUGGCUUUCCCAUUAUUUAGCCAGCAAAUGUAUGCACGGCUGACAUACAAAUGGUCGAGCACGCUAUUGGCGCUGAUCGCUGUGCUCAUGAUCCCGAUCCCAUUGAUCCUAUUCUUAUAUGGACCUGCGAUUCGACGGCGGAGUAAGUUCGCGUCGAGGGUCAUGUAGGUUGCGGUCUUGGUUCCCAGACUAUUUGUGGAGACUACAUGCGGAUCAAGGAUCAUCUGAAUUAAAUUACAUACGCGCUAUAGAGAACGGUAUCAGUAUAGCUCUCGAUGGCGAGAGGAGUUUUGAGC